AUGGAUCAAUCAACAUCAUUCAUCUCAUCUCUAACCUGCCCAUUAUCAUUAAAAAUAUAUGAUAUAAGAUAUGAAGGUGAAUACAAGGAUGACAAGCGACAUGGGCAAGGAGUAUAUACUUGGCCAAGUGGAGGAAGAUAUGAAGGUGAAUACAAGGAUGACAAGCAACAUGGGCAUGGGGUAUAUACUUGGCCAAGUGGAGGAAGAUAUGAAGGUGAAUUCAUGGAUGACAAGCAACAUGGGCAUGGGGUAUAUACUAGGCCAAGUGGAGGAAGAUAUGAAGGUGAAUACAAGGAUGACAAGCGACAUGGGCAAGGAGUAUAUACUUGGCCAAGUGGAGAAAGAUAUGAAGGUGAAUACAAGGAUGACAAGCAACAUGGACGAGGAGUAUGUACUGGGCCAGAUGGAAGAAGAUAUGAAGGGGAAUACAAGGAUGGCAAGCGACAUGGGCAAGGAGUAGAUACUUGGCCAGAUGGAAGUAGAUAUGAAGGGGAAUACAAGGAUGGCAAGCGACAUGGGCAAGGAGUAGAUACUUGGCCAGAUGGAAGUAGAUAUGAAGGUGAAUACAAGGAUGACAACGGACAUGGGCAAGGAGUAUUUACUUGGCCAAGUGGAGGAAGAUAUGACGGUGAAUUCAUGGAUGACAAGCAACAUGGGCGUGGGGUAUAUACUUGGCCAGAUGGAAGUAGAUAUGAAGGUGAAUACAAGGAUGACAAGCGACAUGGGCAAGGAGUAUAUACUUGGCCAGAUGGAAGAAGCUUUGAAGGUGAAUACAAGGAUGACGAGCGACAUGGGCAAGGAGUAUAUACUUGGCCAAAUGGAAGAAGAUAUGAAGGUGAAUUCAUGGAAGGGAAGUGA